UGUUCUUGCCAGUGGUGGGGUUUUAGUUCUUUUUAAAACAAUUGGUGAAAAGUUAAAGACGAACAAAGAUAAUAUUAUUUCAUUGGUUGAAGCUACAAAAAAAGCUGCAUCUGAUAAGGUAUUCAUGCCCACGUUCUUGCCGAUAUCCGAUGAACUCUUAGAAAAUGAUGAGCUGGUUGACAG